GGGGAGGGAGGAGUGAUUUCGCGCGUUGAACGGAUACCGAAUAAUUUCGAAGAGAUUCGCGAGUCACAGCGUCGUUUCGAAUAAUUGGACAAAAAUUAUUAAGCAGGCGAAUCCGUCCAUCAAAGCCUGACGAGAUGUCCGUUAUGGGAAAGCCAAUACUCUAUUCCUAUUGGCGGAGUUCUUGUUCGUGGAGAGUGCGAAUUGCAUUAAAUUUAAAAGAAAUUCCAUAUGAUAUAAAACCAGUUAGCUUGAUAAAAGGUGGUGGAGAACAACAUUCUAAUGAAUUUCGUGAAAUUAAUCCAAUGGAGCAGGUACCUGCACUUCAUAUUGACAAUCACACAUUAAUAGAAUCUUUAAAUAUCUUACAAUACUUAGAAGAAACCAGACCACAUCGACCUUUAAUGCCUGCAGAUCCAGUGAAAAGAGCACGCGUCAGAGAAAUUUGUGAAGUUAUUGCUAGUGGUAUUCAACCAUUACAAAAUUUAGUUGUGUUAAUUUAUGUUGGAGAAGAACGUAAGAAGGAAUGGGCACAACAUUGGAUUACUAGAGGUUUAACAGCUGUAGAAAAAUUAUUGUCAUCAAGUGCAGGAAAAUACUGUGUAGGUGAUGAAAUCACAUUAGCAGAUUGUUGCUUAAUACCGCAGAUAUUUAAUGCAAGAAGGUUUCUUGUUGAUUUACGACCUUUUCCAACAAUUUUAAGGGUAGAUCGUCAUUUAGAAAAUCAUCCAGCUUUUACUGCUGCUCAUCCAAAUAAUCAGCCUGAUUGUCCUCCAGAGGCAACCAAGUAGCAAGCAAGGCAGACCACUCUCUUCCUCUUUUAAUUUAUUGGAAGCAGGAAGAGAAGUGGUCUAAUAUGGUGUAGUUCUAUAGUGGCAAAAGGUGAUGCAACUUUACUUUCAAAAAAGUUACUAAUAUAUAAUUAUAACAAAACAAGAUGAUAAUAUGUAUAUUAAUUCUUUUUUUAUAAUUAUACAUUGUAUAUUAAUGUAUUGAAAUUAUUAUUCAAUUUUGUAGAAACAUUUGUCAUAUAUUUUAUAUAAAUAUUUAUCUUUUCUUUUUUUUUCUUUUUUAUAUUAUACACAUAUUUUGUAUUACACCUUUUAUCACUUAUGAACUACGUUUAAGUAUUGAAAUGGUAAACAGUGUAAAAUAGAAUAUUGAAUUCUAUAAUAAUUUUUAGUUAUUUAUCAAAAUCAAAUUGCAUGAUAUGCUAUCUAUUUCAAAUAAAAAACACUGUUCCAUUUCUGUACUUAUUCAGAGGAUAAAAAUGUUGGCCUUUUUAAUUUUGUUAUAUUUUUUCAUUAAUUUUUAUAUAUAUAAAAUCAAAAUUAACAAAAUUCUUCUUCGUACGAUACUUACAAUAUUAUUUUGUAAAACGUACUGACCUAUUAUAAAUAGGUUCUGUUGUCUGAAAUCAAAAGUUUACUUUUUAUACACUUUUAAUGAUAUAAUUUUUCAAUUAUUUUUAGCUUGCUUAGAUUAAGGAAAAGUGUUGCUAUUAAAUAAUAUUAAAUAUAACUUGAAAUUCUUUACUGAGUAUAAAGUAGCAGAUUUAACAUCGCAAACACACAUACUCACACAUUGAAUAAAUAGAAGAGGAAACGUGUAAUAAGGGAAUGCAAUCUGCUCAAACUCCGUAAUAAUAUCGAGAAAUAAAAAGUACAAAUCAAAUUUCUUUUUCUAAAGCUUUAUCUUUAAAUAUAUUUUUGAGUAUGUUUCGUUUUUUUUUUUUUUUUUUUGUAAA